AUGGCGGAAGGCGGAACAACGCCCAUCCCAACAUCAACCCCAGCGGCGGCCGCAGGUGCUUCGGCGCCAGUCGACAAUCCGGCGCAGAGCGAGCAAGCUGCUACGAACGGCAACGGGCCCUCGAAUCCUCCUCUCGAGUCGCAAUAUACGCCAGCCACGGAUAACAACUUCAUCCAACCUCCCGCCGAACCCCAACCGCAACCCCAAUUGAGCCAAAAUACUCAAUCACAACCACCUCUACCACCCACAGCAGCCACAGACCCGGUUCACCAGCUAUCAGCCGCAACGCAGUCUUUGGAUGCACCUCAAGUAGGAGCCGUGGACCAUGCUGCGCAGUUCCAGGCGCUGCAGCAGUUCAACAACGACCAGGGACCGUAUGGGGACCCCAACGCAGCCUCAGCGCAUACGCCUGCACCGGUAACCCAUAUCACCCAGUAUUACGGCGAGCUUGCAGGGGGCGGCUUCUCAGACGGCUUCGAGCUGGUGACAGACGAGAGUGCUGCGAACCGCAUGAAACGAGAUGUCAAGCGAAGGACGAAAACCGGCUGUCUCACCUGCAGAAAGCGCAGAAUAAAGUGCGACGAACGGCAUCCUGUGUGCCGGAACUGCGAGAAGAGCAAGCGAGAUUGUCUUGGAUACGAUCCGGUAUUCAGAUCCCAACCUGGUCCGUCUUCGCUUCAGCCGGCGCCAACACACCCUUCGCUACAAGUCGCGCCUCAGAAUCCCCAUCAAGUUGCUGGAGCCAACCAGGCGCAUCUUGUAGGUGCUGUAGCACAUUCAGUUUCGCCGUCUCUUCACACUGCAGCGGGUUCUUCUGCAUCUCCGCCGCAGGAGCAAUUCGACUUUGGCACUGAGCCCGAACCUACCCCCGUAGCAGUUCAGGCCCAGGCCCAGGCUCAGGCCCAGGCUCCAGCUCAGGCAGCGCUCCCAGUUGAGCCUGCAAGGAGUGUAACCCCAAGGGCGCCCGAAACCACACCACUAAUAGCUAUCUCGACGAGCUUACCGGGCUCGGAGAAGAUGGAAGCGAGACAACCAAAAAUGGCCGAACUUCUAGCAAUUGGCGGCUUUACGCUACCAGACAUUGACACCACCCCUCUUACAGCAACCAAACUGAAUGAAGUUAAAAUGCUCUACAAAAUCUAUGCACAAGGCAUGGACCGGAUGCUCGAAUGUAACUGGUAUGAUGUGAAUGGACUACCACACAUGCUUGCAAGCUCCCGUCUCCUGUCCCUCUACUCAUCGCUCCUUGAUGGCUUCACCGACCCAAACAUCCAUGACGCACCAGUAAUUGCCCGCAUGGAGUCAUUCGAAAGCCACGUCAUCUGGGAAAGCCUUUGCUUGUGUCGCACUGCUCGCGCCCAGGAGCAGCCUAACGGAAAUGAUUCGGCAACUUCCACAGACCCUCAGCUCACAUAUGCUGUCAAACGUCUGUCUCUCCUUGAGGCUCUACUCACAGGAACGGUCCUGGAAAACAACCCCGUUGCCCGCCACAAUUACCCCGAAGACGAUCCCUCCGUGUCAUCCUCCGGAUUGGGCAACCAGAUGAAAAGUCGCCAACUACAGUUCUGGGAGUCCAUGGGCGAUUACCUAUCCAUUCCCGACAGCGACCCGGACGCGGGCGGAAAGCGCGAGAGAACUCUCUUUGCAGCCCGCGCAUAUCUCGACAUGAUCGAAAGCCGAGAUGUCGUCUAUUCUAUUGCCGUUGUUAGGAACAUCUCCAAGUUUCAACCUAAAAAGUUCAAACUCCCGGCUGCCUCUGAUGAAAAGGAUCCUGCUGCAAAAUUAUAUGUGGCAUGUAGGUUCUUAGAGGACGAAGUCCGUGGCAAGGCGACCAGCCAAGUUUCCAGGCGCAUUUCUCAGCUGGCUGUCAGAUACUGGGACGAACCUUUCAACGUCUGA